UCAGUUUUUCUGUGAGCUUAAAGGGACAUUAUACACUAGAUUUUUCUUUGCAUAAAUGUUUUCUAGAUGAUCUAUUUAUAUAGUCCAUCUGGGAGUGUUUUUUUUAUAACAAUGUAUAGUUUUUGCCUAUUUUUAUAACAAUAAUAACAAUGUGCUGGUUUUCAGACUCCUAACCAAGCCCCAAAGUGUCAGUCGUUAACAUGCAUUUACAGACCACUGCUGGCUCCUGUUUGUCUAAUCUGUCUUUUCAUAUGAGGGGGGGGGGGGUAUCUGCACCCAGCCUAUUUCACUGGGUGUUCCAGCUAAUCUCAUCAACAGUGCUAAACUUGGAGCUUCUAAGUAAGUUUUUAACAGAGGAACACGAAAAUCAGACCUUCUCAGUCAUGGUCCAACACGCAUCUCUUCAUCAACCCCUCCAGAAAGAUUUCCGACUUGACUAUGGAGCAAACAAAAUGUUUCUAACACCGAUUGUAAUAUCUGUGUCUGUGGCCAUAGCACUUUUACUGAUUGUGGUUGUCAUUCUUAUCGGGGGUAUCCAGAAACGCAAGAAAAAAGGUGCAGUGUUGGACAUAACUGUUCAACCUCAGAGUGCUAAAGUGGGUGCCAAUAUUUUAAUUCCUUGCACAUUCCGUGUGGAUACACCACCUAUAAACCCUGAUUACCUGGCAAUAUGUUGGUACUUUCAAGGAAAGGAGAUCUUGAGAUAUAAUAAAGUUGUGAGAACAUCACACCCAAGAGCAUCCUUAAAUGCAAGUGUGACAACAGAUGGAAUAGCUUCUCUGUUAAUUUCCAACAUAAAGAUACCUGAUAGUGGAACCUACAAGUGUUCAGUGGUCUAUACUCCCGAAGAACAGGAGAAAGAAGUCAUGGUUAAUGUUUAUGCUACCCCAACAAUCAUUAUUACAAAUAACAUUGUCAAAAAGAAUAAGGAAAGUUUUCUCAUCAGCACAAUUAUCAACUUCUACCCCAUUGACAUUGAUAUUAAAUGGCUCAGAGACAAAGAGGUCCUGGAAUCUGCUAUUCAUGAUACACCUCAAAGAAAUUCUGAUGGGACGUACUCAGUGAAAAGCUCCGUUACCAUAACACCUACAGAGGAACACGAAAAUCAGACCUUCUCAGUCAUGGUCCAACACGCAUCUCUUCAUCAACCCCUCCAGAAAGAUUUCCGACUUGACUAUGGAGCAAACAAAAUGUUUCUAACACCGAUUGUAAUAUCUGUGUCUGUGGCCAUAGCACUUUUACUGAUUGUGGUUGUCAUUCUUAUCGGGGGUAUCCAGAAACGCAAGAAAAAAGGUGUGUAUUGUGUUUUACCUACUUGUACGGCUAAAGCUAAUCCUCCAUUGGAAGGUCAAGACAGUUUGCUAGAUGAAGAAAAUCCAGAAAUAAAAAAACAAUAUACUAAAGAACGUGAGAGGAGUGUUGGAUUAGCAGCAAGACAACUGUCUAAUGACGAUAGUGUGAGAUCAGCUGCAAGAGAACUAUCUAGUGAGAAGAGUGUCAAACCAAAAUCAAGAGAACCAUCUAGUGAGAAGAGUGUCAUACCAGAAUCAAGAGAACCAUCUAAUGAGAAGAGUGACAGAUCAGCAACAAUUGAUUCGUCUACUGAGAAGAGUUUCAAACCAAAAUCAAGAGAACAAUCUAAUGAGAAGAUUGUCUUACCAGAAUCAAGAGAACCAUCUAGUGAGAAGAGUGACAGAUCAGCAACAAGAGAACCGUCUAGUGAGAAGAGUGUUGGAUCAGCAGCAAGAGAACCAUCUAGUGAGAAGAGUGUCAAACCAGAAGCAAGAGAAACAUCAAGUGAGAAGAGUGUCAAACCAAAAUCAAGAGAACCAUCUAAUGAGAAGAGUGAGCUAUCAGCAACCAAGAGAACCAUUUAG